CUCUCAUACAUCUGGAUCAUGCAGAUGACAAUAAUGAUACUAUGAAUUUUACCCAACUCUUGUAGUGUUAUAAUUAUUAAAGGAAUCUGUUUCUACUGUAACAUUUUUCACAAACUGCCAUAGAUUUAAAACAAAACAAACAAAACAAACAUCGAGAAUCAAGGCGAAAAGAACGCUGAAGUGGUGGCAAAGAUGAACGAAGCUUUGAGCUCAGGGAAAGUAAAAAACGGAGAGUUUUUGACUGUUUACUUGAAGGAGAAGUUACCGGACAGACUGCAUUAUUCCCAGAGUUAUCGGAUUCCACCAAUCAUAGGAAUGGUCGGAGAAGGUCUAAUUGUCAGACAAAAUAGAACUAAUGCUCAAGAAUGCUACGGAGACCAUGGUUAUGACAACAAGUUCUUCUCAAUGAGGACUAUUUUUGUCGGACAUGGUUCUAGGUUUAGGAGAGGAAAGAAAGUGCCAUCGUUUGAGAAUGUGCAGAUCUAUAGCGUCGUUGCAGAUAUUCUUGGACUCCGACCAGCUCCGAACAAUGGUUCUUCUUUGUUCCCUCGGAGCAUUCUCUUGCCUUUCAGAGCAACAAGGGGGUUAGAAUGAAGCCAAAAAUCUCUUAUAGCUCAAGAGAGCACUCAGACUCAGAAAUAGUAAGUAGCUUGAUAAAUGCGAGUGAGUGACUAGCUAGUGUAUGUUUUCUAUAAUUCUAUGUGACAUUAUAUUUUCGAUCGCGUACGCAUAUACCUUAUCAUUACCUAAAUUGUUCCUAAAUAUUACAAAAUAUCAUAUUUGUAUGAUGGAUGUGUAGUAACUAAAAAC